AUGAACGUCUUCAAGCUCCUUUCGCGAUCGUCAAAGGCGGCGCAAAGCUCGCCCGCGCAAAAGCUUCCUUCCUCGGGCGCCGCCGCCAACCCACAGCUGUUUGGCCAUGAUGAACCAGAAAAGCCGUCGCAAACCUCAGAUACGAGUCGGAAACGGAAGCGAGGGCAAAAUCUUGCAGAUCCACCAUCCAGUCCAACUGCAUUGCCCGCAGAUCUCGACUUCUUUGGUGGGGGCGCAAGCAAAGACACCGAGAGUAACGGAGAUGGGCUGUCCAAGAAGCAGAGGAAGAAACUGAAGAAGCAAGAAAUACAGGAGCAGGCGGAGUUGGAAAAUGUAUUGGACGAGAUAGAAGAGGAGCCAUAUAAUGUGGACGAGUGCAAGAGGAUACUGCGUUCGCACAAACUGAAGGUUGCUGUGCUAGAAGACUUUGCGCCGAAAGCAGAAGAGCCGCGCUCAGAGAAGAAGUCAAAGAAGCGGAAGAAGGAGAAGGAUAUCAAGGAGAAGAAGAAGGAAGCACACAAGGCACUCUACCCCCCGACCGCUCACAUCGGAUACAAGCUGCCUACUGAGGUUCAACUUGGAGCAUUGCCACUGUUAUUGGGAAAGAAGGGACGGAGUGAAUCGAACGAUGCUUCGCAGGAAGCCGAGAGCACUUCGGGCGCAGAAUACAACGGGGACAUUGAUCUUCUGACGGUUGCGCCUACGGGUAGCGGAAAGACGAUAGCGUUCCUCAUACCCAUUGUCAAUGCGCUACUUUCCGAGGGCAAACCUGCAGAUGGCCAGCAAGGACCGCGCGCUAUAGUUCUUGCCCCUACACGAGAGCUUGCAGCGCAGAUUGUCAAUGAAGCGAGGAAACUGGCAAAGGGCACAGCAAUAAAGGCUACGCUUAUGAGAAAGGGCAUGCAAGUGGUGAAAGAGUCAGAUAGUGCGAACGAUGAUGUAGUAGGGUCUGCAUCCGAGAAUGAGGAUGAUGAAUCUAGCUCCGAUGAAGAGGAACAGGCAGAACCGAAGAAAAAGCAGGCAGGUCGACGAGCAGAGCUUGUAAAAGCCGCCAUCCUCGUAGCAACGCCUCUCGCCAUACUCAACGCUCUAAAGCGCAGAGAUGGCACCGUCGCGAACCUUCCCAGCGUGUCCCAACUCGUCCUUGACGAAGCCGACGUCCUCCUCGACCCUCUAUUCCGCGACCAGACUCUCGCUCUCUGGAACGCAUGCAGCAACCCCAAACUACGCAUCGGCCUCUGGUCAGCAACAAUGGGCUCCAACAUCGAAAGUCUCACAAUCUCCACCCUCAACUCCCGCUGGACCACCCUUUCCUCAUCCCAGCUGUCCCUCCCCCCACGACCCCCGCUCAUUCGCCUCGUCGUCGGUCUCAAAGACUCAGCCAUACCAAACAUAACCCACCAACUAACCUACGCGGCAACCGAGCCCGGCAAACUCCUGGGCCUCCGGCAACUCCUCCACCCAACAGCCGUAUCCACCAGCUCUACACAACCCACACUCCGCCCCCCUUUCCUCGUCUUUACACAAACCAUCCCCCGCGCCAUCGCCCUGCACUCCGAACUCCUCUACGACAUCCCCCCCGAAGCCGGCGGCAGCACCCGCAUCGCCGUGCUUCACGCCGACCUCUCGUCCUCCGCCCGCGACACGAUAAUGACGCGUUUCCGCAAAGGCGAAAUCUGGGUCCUCAUCACCACGGACCUACUCGCCCGCGGCGUAGAUUUCCGCGGCUUAAACGGCGUGGUGAAUUACGACGUCCCUGCUUCCGCGGCCGCGUACGUGCAUCGUGUAGGUCGGACGGGGCGAGCGGGACGGGAAGGUGGCGUUGCGGUUACGUUUUACACAGAAGAAGAUAUCCCGUAUAUUCGGCUUGUGGCGAAUGUUAUCAAGGCGUCAGAGAAGCUGAGAGGUAACGGGGGUACAGAGGGCGAGGGGAGCGUGAAACAGUGGAUGCUGGAUGCGUUGCCGGUGCCUAGUAAGAGGGAUAAGCAGACGCUGAAGAGGAGGGGCGUUGAGGCGAGACGGAAGGGGAAGGAGGGGGGUAGGAUUAGUAGUAAGAGUGGGUAUGAUAGGAAGAUUGAGAAUAUGAGGAGGGGGAAGAUGGAGAAGGUAAGGAGGGAGAAGAGUGGUGCUGGUGGGGGGAAGAAGAAGGAUGAGAAGGAUGAGGGUAGUACUGGUGCUGGUGGCGAGGAGAGCGGGUUUGAAGGGUUUGAGUAG